AUGAGAGAAAUAAGAGGGCCUAUUAUGUAUAGAGACUACCUUUCAUUUGCUAGUUUUUCUUAUCAGGACUUAGUCUUUAAAGAACCAAAAUCUUAUAAAGAGGCUAUGAGCAGCCAACAAUCUGAGGAUUGGCGGGUUGCCAUGGAAGAUGAGAUGAACUCCUUAAUAAAAAAAAAUCAAACUUGGACUUUAGUUCCUAAAUUUGAAGGUAAGGCACUUGUUGAUUGCAAAUACUUAUUUAGUGUUAAGGAGGAAAAUACUGAAAAGCUUCUUAUAACAUUUAAGACUAGAUUUGUUGCUAAGGGAUUUACACAUAAAGAAGGCAUAGAUUAUAAUGAAAAAAAUUUCCCCUAUGGUUAA